UGUAAUACAAAUUUAUUCAAUGUUGAUUUACUUUACAGCUGCCUGCUCUUCAUCGUAUGCGUAAUGUGCUACGGCCUGGUGUCCGCCCAGGAGGAGGGUGGUCCGGCCGUGUCGCCGGCGAAGAGGAUCGCCGCCCUGCGCCGUCCCGUCGGCAAGGCGGCCAAGGUGACCACCACGACGACACCGGCGCCGGCACCGGCGGAUGCUGGCGCCGAGGGCGAGGAGUACGACGAGGAAGCCGGCGAGCAUGGCGACCAUGGCGAGGAGGGUGACGAGGCGGCCUUCGCCAGCUCCACCACCACCACCACCACGGAGGCGCCCAAGAAGGUCGGCCCGGUGAUCCGGCCGUUCCGCUCCAACGACGACUUCCUCAACUCGCUGAAGCGCCGCCAGGCGAACGCCAAGAAGCACCGCGCCGAGAAGGCCCCCAGUCCCAGCAAGCCGGCCAAGAAGAGCGACGAGUCGAACUCCGGCGAGCAGGAGGAGCAGCCGGCAGCCGCGCCAGCACCCGCCCCCGCAUCCAGUCCCGCCAAGGGAUACAAGGGCAAUUCGGCAUUGAGCCGUCGCAAGCUGUCGAAGCCCGCCAAGGCGCAGCCCGUGGAGGCGGUGGAGGAUGCCGCCGCCGAGGAAUCGGAGCAGCAGCAGAAGGAGGAGACGAAGCCCAAGCGCCCCAUCGGUGGUCGUCUGGCCCUGCGGAAGCGCAACUAAGCGGGAAUCUCCAGUUCCGAGUUCCGAGUUAGGAGUUCCGAGUUACGAGUCCCAUGCUCCAUGCCUCAUCGUCCAUGCCACAAAUCCCAACACCUGCCCCCCGCUUUCCCCCACCCCCCACCAUUGAAUCAUAUGGCUAGCUAUGUGGCAGCCCGAUCUGCCCUUUAGUUCUUAGUUCGCAAUUGAUUUUUUGUGUAUGUAAUAUAUUUGUAAUUUUAUGUUGUAAACAAAAACACGCGCACACACAACACUCACUCAAUCACAACCACGCCCACGCCCACGACCAUGCCCACAACCACAAUUACGCCCACAAUCCAGAGCCAGCCCCAUCCACCAUGUUCGUGGAUAAAUACGCAUGUAUAUUUUCCGCGAAUAUAUAGGCGGUUAUUUGCACGGGCACAAUUAUGUAUUCUUCACAACCAUCAAUCAACCAAUCAAUCAAUCAAUCAAUCAACCAAUAAUAAAAACAACAAAAUCGAA